AUGCCCCAACACAUCACCAGUUUUCGUAUUAAUCCCAUCAACCAGGCACGUGAAAUUGCGCGAGUACGUGCCUCACUGUUUCAGAUAAAUGGCGUCAAGAAGGAACCACUUACGCUGCCAGAACCUGAGGGCACUCCUGUGCAACUCAAUGAGAAAGUCUAUGUGCCAGUGCGAGAACAUCCAGAUUUCAAUUUCGUUGGCAGAAUUUUGGGCCCACGUGGCAUGACAGCUAAGCAAUUAGAACAAGAGACUGGUUGUAAAAUAAUGGUUCGAGGCAAAGGCUCGAUGAGAGAUAAAAAGAAGGAGGAUGCAAAUCGCGGCAAACCCAACUGGGAACACUUGUCCGAUGAUCUGCAUGUGCUGAUCACCGUGGAGGACACAGAGAAUCGUGCCAAAGUCAAAUUAGCGCAGGCUGUUGCUGAAGUGCAAAAGUUGCUCGUACCGCAAGCCGAAGGCGAAGAUGAACUUAAAAAACGUCAACUCAUGGAAUUAGCUAUAAUUAAUGGCACUUAUAGGGAUACGUCUGCGAAAAAUCCCGUUCCAGCCUGUGAGGAGGAAUGGCGUCGUGUGAUCGCUGCAUCGGCUGAAAGUCGUCUACUAGCGCCAGCAUUGCCUGGCCUGGCACCGCAGAUACGCGCUCCACAAGCCACCACCUUGGGCGCUCCGUUGAUACUCUCGCAACGCAUGACCGUGCCCACUACAGCGGCGAGCAUACUGUCCGGCCAAGCUGCGCCCAAUGCAUUCGAGAAUCCCGCACACGGCAUGAUUUUCGCACCAUAUGGCGAUUAUGCGAAUUAUGCUGCUCUCGCUGCCGGUAAUCCCUUGCUGACGGAAUACACAGACCAUAGCGUAGGCGCAAUUAAACAGCAGAGACGUUUGGCUAACAGAGAUCAUCCAUAUCAGAGGGCUGCCGCCGCGGUCGGUGUCACAGCUAAGCCAGGUUUCAUUGAGAUACAAUAAAUGCCAGAAUCGCAUUGAUUAUGACGAAAAGAAGCAUAAACUUAAAUCAAAAAGCUAAAGUUAAUGAGUGAAAUUACAACAACAGUUACAAUGUUAUAGUUAAAGUUAAAUAUUGUUUAUCAACUUUGCUAUGCAUACAUACAUACAUACAUACAUACAACUUAUCACUAUUUGUAUAUGUAUGCAUGUAUAUGGCUCCAUUAAUCUCUUUCGUUUAAUUUUUUCUUUGCAUACUCGUAUAAGAAACUAAAGUAAUCUCGUUUUAUACACUUAAAUAUUGUGUUUUAAGUUAAAAGUUGUAGAGUAAAUUUCAUGCAAAAAUUUACAUAAUGUGUAAAUUUACUUUCUAUUAAAAUAAGUAAAGCAAAAAAACAAAAAACCGAGGAAAUUUUAUACAUAAGCUAAAAAAAUUAAAUAGUUGCAUUUUCCAAUGAUAUAUUUGUUUGCAAAAAAAAAAGAACAAAAAUUAAAAAUUUGAUUAAUAAUAAGAAUAGAAAAUAUUAAAAUUUUGCUAAUUUGCCUGCGCGAAGCUGUGACCAGAUUCGACUGCGUAUAGCCAUGAACUACUUAAUAAGUAACUGGGCUGAAAAAGAAAACACACACUCACUCCACAAAAAAGAAAAAAAAAAGAAAAAGAAAAAAAUCAAACGUACGCCUCUGACUUCCGCAAAAAGCGCAAAAGCUGUGUGAAAUGAAAGAAUUAUAGCGAUUAACUCAAAAUGAAUGAUUCUCCCAGCUUUACAGCUCAACCAGGUUAGUUUGUGUUCUACGAUUUUCCUCCCAUUUCUUUUGUUUGUUUCUUCUCUCAAACCAAACAGUACACAUUCAAAAUUCUCGUUUUUCAAUGCGUGGGCGUUAGGGGUAAUGGGAAAGCUAUAGGGAUUGAAAGAGAAAAGAAAGCGGUGAAAAAACCAAAAAUUACGGAAGCAAAGAUGAUUCAAACGCGACUACAAUUUUCAUUGCAUGCACGAUCAUGCGGGUAACUAGUGUUUGCGUGAAUAUAAAAUUAAAAGUCAUUUGGCAUAAACUGAGUUUAAAACAUGUGAUAAGUAGUAAAACAGAUAAAGUAAAUGGUUUAAUAAAUUAUUGCAAUAUACUCUUUUAAUUGAUUAAAAAUGAAUUCUAAUAAUCAGGCCUGCUCUGUAUGCAAGUAAUGUGAAAAGCAAAACGAUUCAGUUUCUUAUUAAUUUUCGUCUGGUUUUCUUAUUUUAAGUAAAGUCGAAAUAUCUAAUUUCUUAAUGACGAGAUGAGGAGAGGGCAACAAAACAAAAACAAAAAACAAAAAAAAAAAAAAAAACAGAUAAAAAACAAAAAAAAAAAAAAACAAAUUAAAAAAAAAAAAAAAAAAAAACAACAAUCCAAUUUAUGCGAAUUGGUAAGUUUGGUCCCAUUGGUAAUUUAGCUUCCAAGUAAAGGUUUUGAAAUAGAAAUGCAGUACAGCAUUGAAUAAAGUCAUUGAUUCUGAGCUUAGUUUUUUUUUAAUAUUGGGGAAUAAUGUGAAUAAUUUCGUCUGUUGAAUUUUUGGAAAAUUCUUAUUCAAAAUUAAAUCUUAUUCAAUGCUUAGUUUUCUUACAAGAGCUUGAUUUGUUAAUUUUCUUCAUUGAGUUUUUAGGCUUCUCCAAGAGUUUUAUUUGUAUUAUUUACUUAUUGUUUUUUUCAGUUGCUUUUUGUUUCUUGUUUUUAAUAAUCUUAAUGCAAA